AUGCAGGCUUUUGAGAACACAUCCACCAAUGUGGCCGCCAGCCAGAUGCGCAAUGCCCUCAAUAACCUCGCAGACACUGUUCAAGAUCCGGCAGAGAAGAAGAGAUUUGAGGCAGAGAUGGACAACUUCUUUUCCCUAUUCAGAAGAUACCUCAAUGACCGAGCCAAGGGAAACACCAUUGACUGGGCCAAGAUCAAUCCUCCCAACCCAGACCAGGUCGUCAACUAUGACAACCUGCCCAACAGCGAUGCUGUCGAGUUCCUGAACAAACUUGCUGUCGUCAAGCUCAAUGGUGGUCUUGGGACUUCCAUGGGUUGCGUUGGUCCCAAAUCAGUCAUCGAAGUUAGAGAUGGCAUGUCUUUCCUCGAUCUUUCCGUCCGACAGAUUGAAUAUCUCAACCGCACCUACGAUGUCAACGUGCCAUUUGUGUUGAUGAACAGCUUCAACACCGACGAAGAUACCGCCGCCAUCAUCAAGAAGUACGAGGGCCACAACAUCGACAUUCUCACUUUCAACCAAUCUCGAUAUCCUCGCGUCCUCAAAGACUCUCUCCUCCCGGCACCCAAGUCCUACAUCUCUCAACUGUCUGACUGGUAUCCUCCUGGUCACGGGGAUAUUUUCGAGUCGCUCUACAACAGUGGAAUCCUUGAUCAGCUCCUUGAACGAGGCAUUGAGAUCAUCUUCUUGUCCAAUGCUGACAACCUCGGUGCCGUUGUCGAUCUUCGCAUUCUGCAACACAUGGUCGAGACCAAAGCCGAGUACAUCAUGGAAUUGACCGACAAGACCAAAGCCGACGUCAAGGGUGGUACCAUCAUCGACUACGAGGGCAGGGCCAGACUGCUGGAAAUUGCUCAAGUUCCCAAGCAGUACGUCAACGAAUUCAAGUCGAUCAAGAAAUUCAAGUACUUCAACACCAACAACAUCUGGAUGAAUCUCCGAGCCAUCAAACGUGUGGUUGAGGCCAAUGAACUGGAAAUGGAAAUCAUCCCCAAUGAGAAAUCCAUCCCGGCGGACAAGAAGGGUGAAGCAGACAUCAGCAUUGUUCAACUGGAAACCGCUGUGGGUGCGGCCAUCAAACACUUCAAGAACGCUCACGGUGUCAACGUCCCUCGACGACGAUUCCUGCCCGUCAAAACUUGCUCAGAUCUCAUGCUUGUCAAGUCCAACCUUUACACUUUGAGCCAUGGUCAAUUGAUCAUUGAUCCCAACCGAUUUGGUCCUGCUCCAUUGAUCAAGCUGGGCAGUGAUUUCAAGAAAGUCGCGCAGUUCCAAAAGCGAGUGAGCAGCAUUCCCAAUAUUGUCGAAUUAGAUCACUUGACCGUUACCGGAGAUGUCAACUUUGGUCGCGGUAUCGUACUGAAAGGCACUGUUAUCAUCGUCGCGACUGAGAACAGCACCAUUGACAUCCCACCUGGCUCCAUCCUGGAAAAUGUCGUGGUCCAAGGCAGUUUGAGACUCCUUGAGCACUAG